AUACAAUAAGCUUAUCAGAAUGUGCAUAGUGAUUUUGGAAUGCAAGCGCGUGUAAGAAUCGCUUCACAUAUAAAUCUUAUGACCCACACUGUGCAUUUAUAUAAUACUGAUCUAAUUUUGAAAUUAUAGGUUAUUGAUAUUUCUUUGUCUUUGAUUGGAAUAAUUUGAAGUAAAUUGCAUACUUUAAUAAAAUGUUUAGAAAUGAGGAAAUUAAUGGCACUCCCAGGUUCCCAUAACAAUUUAGAGGCAGAUCUCUGGCUGAAUACAAAUCUAGUCCCAGUCUUGGUGAAUGCAAAUCUCCUAACAUGGGCCCCAUGUGACUUCCCUUAUACACUUGUAUCUUCAUUACACAUGCAGAAAAUUGAUAAUGUAGAAUCCGUGCCUCCUUUGUUCUCCCCUUAUAAAGAAACAAACUUGAAUAGUAAUACUUCUGAAUCUUCUGCUUUUAGAAUUUUCACAUGGGACUAAUAUCUGCCUUCUACAUAUGUCAGGGCCUUGGAAUGCCAGUUUCACCAUCCUUAGAAUAAGUAUCAAUUUUAGAAUGUAUCUUAUUUAACUAGAGUCUAGUAUGAAAACCAUAGUUUCUUACGCUUCUCUGACAGCUACAAGUGAAUACCCCACUUAAGGAGGGGCCUUGUUUCUUUCCUCAGUUUAAACUGCUAGAAUGGCUCCAAAUGCUUUCUGUGUAACUCUGUACCACAUCUUAUUUGGUAGUCUGACCUCUUUUUUUUUUUUUUUUUUUUGGCUGCUUUGGGUCUUUGUUGCUGCGCACGGGCUUUCUCUAGUUGCGGGAAGCCGGGGCUACUCUUUGUUGUGGUGCGUGGGCUUCUCACUGAGGUGGCUUCUCUUUUUUUUUUUUUUUUUAACAUCUUUAUUGGAGUAUAAUUGCUUUACAAUGGUGUGUUAGUUUCUGCUUUAUAACAAAGUGAAUCAGCUAUACAUAUAUCCCCAUAUCUCCUCCCUCUUGUGUCUCCCUCCCACCCUCCCUAUCCCACCCUUCUAGGUGGUCACAAAGCACCGACCUGAUCUCGCUGUGCUAUGUGGCUGCUUCCCACUAGCUAUCUAUUUUACAUUUGGUAGUGUAUAUAUGUCCAUGCCACUCUCUCACUUCGUCACAGCUUAGCAUUCCCCCUCCCUGUGUCCUCAAGUCCAUUCUCUACGUCUGCGUCUUUAUUCCUGUCCUGCCUCUAGGUUCUUCAGAACCUUUUUUUUGGUUUUUGUUUUAGAUUCCAUAUAUAUGUGUUAGCAUACGGUAUUUUUUUUUCUCUUUCUGACUUACUUCACUCUGUAUGACAGACUCUAGGUCCAUCCAGAUGUGGCUUCUCUUGUUGCAGAGCACUGGCUCUAGGAGCAUGGGCUUCUGCAGUUGCAGCACGCUGGCUCAGUAGUUGCAGUGUGCGGGCUCUAGGGCGUGUGGGCUUCAUUUUGGCACACGGGCUUAGUUGCUCCGUGGCAUGUGGGAUCUUCCUGGACCAAGGGUCGAACCUGUGUCCCCUGCAUUGGCAGGCAGAUUCCUAACCACUGCGCUACCAGGGAAGGCCCAGUAGUCUUGCUCUUAUUCCCCUUUCCUGACCCUCAUCUUUCCUCCCCUUGCAAACAUCCUCAAAGACAUUCACAGUUUAAUUAACACCUAUGAAUAUUUAUAAGUUACUGCAACAUUUUAUUGACAAGGUAUUACCUAAAAAAAGAAGGCUCUUAGCCAGGUGUUCUCCAAGAUUGGUUCGUGUGCUAUUAAAACUGCUUAUUCAGGACUUCCCCGGCAGUCCAGUGGUUAAGACUCUGCCUUCCAAUGCAGGGGACGUCGGUUCAAUCCCUGAUCAGGGAACUAAGGUCCUGCAUGCCGUGGGGUGCAGCAAAAAAAAGAAAAAAAGCGCUUAUUCGAUUCAGUAAGAUUUGUGGCUCUUGUUGGUAGCGAUUUAUUUGACAGAUUUUUGAGGACAAUGGCACAGUGUCUGACUGUUUACAAAAUAUCAAUACAUGGGUAACUUCAGUUCAUACUAAAAGGAGAAUCAGCUUGUAUUGUGAAUUUUCUUAUCUGUUUGCUUUGUUCCUUCUUUAGAGCUUCCAUGAAGUAAUGUCAUAGUCAUAAAUUUGAUGAAAGCAGGAUCUCCUUUGAAAUCAACUUGGAUUCUGAAGUAUUUAUGAGCAUGCAAAGUUCCCCAGGGUUUGCUGCCAAUCAGAGAGCCCGAACAAGAAGUGGAAUUGCAGAAAUCAAACGGCAGAGAAGGCUUGCAUCUCAAGCAGCUCCUGUCAGUUCAGAGUUGCUGACUUUACCGUAUCUUUCAGGGCAAUUUACUAAUUCUCCUUUGACAGCUACACAAGUUAUUCGGCCAGCUGGCCAGAUUUCAACUCCUUUGAGGUCAAAUUUUGUAGUGGUCAACCAUUCACAAUCACAAGACACUAUGACCCCUGGAGAGGCUUUAAAUAUCAUUCCUGGUCCUCAGGAAAGGAAAACUCAUGCCAGUUUAAUGUCUCCUGGUAGACGCAAAAGUGAAUCUCAAAGGAAAAGUAUCACUUUGUCUGGGCCUCAUUCAACAAUACGGAAUUUCCAGGAUCCAAAUACAUUUGCAGUAGAAAAACAAAUGGUUAUUGAAAAUGCUCGAGAAAAAAUAUUAAGCAACAAAUCUCUUCAAGAAAAGCUUGCAGAAAACAUUAAUAAAUUUUUGACUAGUGACAACAGUAUUGCUCAAGUACCUAAGCAAACAGAUAGCAACCCUAGUGAACCAGAGACUUCAAUUGAUGAACUCCUGGGACUUCAGAGUGAAAUCCACAUGUCUGAAGAAGCUAUACAGGAUAUAUUGGAACAGACAGAAUCGGAUCCAGCAUUUCAGGCACUCUUUGAUCUAUUUGACUAUGGUAAAACAAAGAAUAAUAAAAAUAUAUCACAAGGCAUUUCCAGUCAGCAUAUGGAAACCAAUCUCAAUGUAGUCUUAGCAGGUGAAACUAAUCUAGCAGUUAAAGGUUCUUUUGAAACAGAAGUAUCUGAUGAUCAAUCUGGUCAACCCCCAUUUUGUACAUCCUAUCAAAAUGAAGACACAUCAAAUGUUUUGAAGAAUGGCAGCAACCGUGAUGAGCUUAGACAGGAAGCCCAGGAACAUUUUUCCCAGAUAGACUCUAGCGUCCAGAAAAAGGCCUUUAAAACAGUAGUAUCUACUGAACAGAAGUGUAACCUUGAUAUCACCUUUGAGUCUGUGCCUAAUUUGAAUGACUUUAACCAAAGAAUAAACUCUGAUGCCGAAUGUAAUCAGCAUUGUGCUGAAUUAUACACCAAUCAGAUGUCUACUGAAACUGACUUGGCUAUGGAAGUUGAAAAGAAUUCUUUGUCUCCAAGUGUGCAGAAUGAAUCUCGAUUACAGCCUGAUCAGUCUGAUAUACCAAUAACUUCAUUUGUUUCCCUUGGUGGUGAAACUAACAAUGAGAACUUAAUUCUCUCUGGAAAAACUUCUCAGCUUUUAUCCCAAAAUAUUCCAUUAACUGGAAAGCCAUCUAAAAAAGGUCAAUUUUGUGAAAGUUCUGACGAUACAAGAAGACUUACAACUAAUUUCCAUGGUUCCAAGUCACCGGAUUCUAGAGAAAUUUACCAGAGUAAAAUUGAAAUUAAUAAUGUGUUACCAGUUGCAUCACAGCAACUUUCAGAUUGCCAAGAUAAUUCUUCACUUCAAAGUAAAAUAUUACCUGUGUCUCUUGAAGGUUCGGGUUUAACUGUUUCUGAACAAAAGGUAGAAAUUCACCUUGGAGAUUCAGUAUCUUCGAUUAAACAACCAUCUAAUGAUUCAUCAUCUGUUGAGUUAAAUCAUACAGAUCAUGAACCUCAGCCCUCCAAGUCUGAGAAAGUUGCUUUGGGUUCACAAGAGCCCUCAUCUUCUGUAAAAGAAGAUGGAGAUAGUAUUUUUCUCUCUUUAGGUGAAAAUAACUGUGAGGAAGUUACAUUGAUACCCCCAGAAGCUAAUCCUAUAGAAGAUAUACAUUCUCUUCCUUCAGAAUCUGUGUGUUCUUCAAUGAGGGAUUCUCACCCUGAGUCCCAGAACACUAGUGAUAAACCAGCUGGCAACAAGUCAACAGAGAUAGAUGCAUCAAAUAUAGUCUCUCUCAAAAUUAUCAUCAGUGAUGAUCCAUUUGUUUCCUCAGAUUCUGAACUUAACAGUGCUGUUUCUAGUAUCAGUGGAGAAAACUUGCCAACUAUAAUUUUGUCUUCUCCUGCUAAAUCACCUGCCAGAAAUGCAGAAGUAGUUAAAUGCCUGUCUUCAGAAGAAACCACAGGUGCUGUCUCAUCUGCUGAAGGAAUUGGGGAUUCAGCCUCAAUGGAACAGAGCCUUUUAACAUUCAAACCUGAAGACUCUACAGUAAACAACACUCAGAAUGAAGACAGCAUUGCUUUUUCAGCCAAUGUUACACCAUGUGUUUCCAAGGAUGGAGGAUACAUACAGUUAAUGCCAGCUACAAGCACAACUUUUGGCAAUUCAAAUAACAUUCUGAUAGCUACUUGUGUAACUGAUCCAACAGCCUUAGGAACAACUGUCAGUCAGUCAAAUGUGGUGGUGUUGCCUGGAAAUUCUGCACCUAUGACUGCUCAACCACCACCUCAGUUACAGACACCCCCAAGGUCAAACAGUGUAUUUGCUGUCAAUCAAGCUAUGUCACCCAACUUUUCACAAGGAUCUGCCAUUAUAAUUGCUUCUCCAGUCCAACCUGUACUUCAGGGAAUGGUGGGAAUGAUCCCUGUAUCUGUGGUUGGACAGAAUGGAAAUACCUUUUCUGCUCCUCCUCGGCAGGUCCUUCAUAUGCCUUUGGCAGCACCUGUUUGCAAUAGAAGUAUCUCUCAAUUCCCUAUCCCUCCAAAAUCUCUGAAGACUCAGGGACUAAGAAACAAGCCUUGUACAGGAAAACAGGUAAAUAAUUUGGUGGAUUCAUCAAGUCACUUAGUUGGAUGUCAUGUACAACGAACUGAAGUUCCUGACAAGAAUAUGGCCACAGAUCUUGGGAAAAAAUUGGAAGAAAUAACAGUUCCCUUCUCAGUAGAAAGUAUAGUUCCAACUAGCAAAACCUUUGAAAGCCACAGACGUGUGCUCUGUUUUGAUAGCACUGCUUCUCCUGUGGCGAAUACACAGGGGACAAACCAUAAGACGGUGUCCCAAAACAAAGAAAGGAAUGACAUUUCAUUUUCUAAUCUUGACUCACCCAUUGUUUCCUCCACCUUAAAACCCCCUUCUAAUAAUGCUCUCAAAAGAGAGAGAGAGAAACCUCCUGUGCCUAAGAUUUUAUCUAAAUCAGAAACUGCCAUUAGCCGACAUACCAUAAAAGAAACUCAGUCAGAAAAGAAAGUUUCACCAACAGAAACUAUACUUGAAUCUUUCCAUAAAACAACAGCUAAUAAGGAGAAUGAACUAUGCAGUGAUGUGGAAAGGCAGAAAAAUCCAGAAACUUCAAAACUGUCUAAUGGGCAGCAAAGUGGGGGUGUACGGAAUGAGAAAACUGUAGCUUCACUGCAAGAGCUAACCAGAAAACAAGGCACAUCCUCAAACAGUAAAAAUGUCAUUUCAGUAGGUGCACCUGUGAAGGAUUUAAAACAAGAACAAACCAAGUCUGCCAGUUCUUUGAAUAACCCACUCACCAAACAUACCACAGAAAUGUUACAGGAUAUUCAGUGGCAUAGCCCAGUAAGUAGACUCGCUGAUAGUACUGAUUUAUCUGUACCCCGGACUUCUGGCUCAGGAGCAGGGGAAAAACAUAAAGAAGAACCUACAGAUGUUAUCAAGGUCCCUUCUAGUAGGCGUUACGGUGAAGACAGUAGCACACCCAAAGUAAUGGUCCCUCCUGUCACCCCAGACUUGCCCGCCUGCAGCCCUGCCAGUGAAACAGGGAGUGAAAACAGUGUAAACAUGGCUGCCCAUACAUUAAUGAUUCUCUCCAGAGCAGCCAUCUCCAGGACUACUUCAGCUACUCCUCUAAAAGACAAUACACAGCAAUUUAGAGCCUCUUCAAGGAGUACCACAAAAAAGCGGAAAAUCGAGGAAUUAGAUGAGCGUGAACGACACUCCCGUACUUCUAAUAAAAGUCUUGCAAAUUCAUCAAUACCAAUGAAAAAGAAGAAAAUUAAGAAAAAGAAGCUACCCAGUUCAUUUCCAGCUGGAAUGGAUGUGGACAAAUUUUUGUUAUCAUUGCAUUAUGAUGAGUAAAUAUUCUGAACAUAUAAGAACAGUAGCUAUUUAAAACUACUAUUCCUUAAACUAUGAGUGUAGGGAAUGAGAUACUGACAGAAUCUGAAAGCAUGACCUGCACUUUCAUUGUACUGAAAUUUCACUUUAUUUCUAAAUCAUGCUGUUUCUAAAACAGCUUCCUAGUUUGUAAAUAGCUUUACCUUGGUAUAUUUUUAUUGUGGAAAAAACAUUUGCAGAAAUGUGAGUAAAGCCAAUCUGCAAAACUGUAUAUCUUUGACAAUUGUAUAUUGUAAAUACUGUGUAAAUCUCGUUGAAAUAGAGCUUAAAUCAACCUAAUGUUCUUACAUUGUAUUUUUGGCUUCUUAUGAUCUCUAAUUCUGAGGCUUAUUCAUCUGGAAUAGUUUCUCACUUUGAGUGGGAAAAGUAUACUUUUCCUUAUAAAUUGCCUUCAGUAAUUGUCCCACAAGAUAUCUGAAGACAUAGCCACUAAUUAGUACAAGAGUGAUAAUGAAUUCAAAUGGUAAUAAAGUAACCAGAGAUUAACAAUUCAGGGUUUUUUCUAGAGUGAAUACUUUGCCGCCCCUUCUUAUAAUUGCAGUAAAGAUAAUGUUCCUAAAAUUGUACACUUUAUUUCUUCUGGUUGUUCUGGUCUCUUUGUUUUAAAGAGAGAAUUUUGUAAACCAUUUGAGUGUUCUGAUCUUUUGUUUAUAACUUUUAGAUCUUUUACAUAACUUUAAGCGUUUAGACUAUUGAGCCAUAAAAAGUUUGGUUAUGUAGUAGUUGAGAUUUCUUGGUAUGUAUAUACUUUUCCCCUAAAUACUGGGGAUUUAAAGAACUGCACUAAUUCAUAGAACUUUUUACAUAGUAGAGACCAAUGCACAUUUAAUUUAAAUCUUGUGUUCUAUGUUAAAGCUUGUAUGCAGGAUUAUCUUCUGUUGUCCUUUUAGAAAGCCAUGUCCAUCAUAAGAUGUAAAAAGAGAAAUCAUAGUUUUCUAUUUUAAUUUAGUUUCUCCUAAAAUGGGCCGUGUUACACUUGGAUAUAGUACGUUGUCUCUGUACCCCUUAAAGUAUUAUAGAGUUUCUCUCAGAAAGUCCUUAAGGAGAAUGAAAGAGGUGCCUUCUCUGUAUUAGACUCACACACAUCAGUCAAGUUGAAGAAUUGGUUUAAACCUUUAAAUGAGUACAGAAAUUAUAAUUCGUACUUGACCAAUUGUGCCUAGAUAUUAAAGUAUGUUCUCUUAAGUGCUUUCUGUUUUGUUAAAUAUCAGUAUAUUAAGGGUUUUUUCUGCAGGUGUAUAUAUUUAUGAGUCAUUUUCCUCAACCAUUUUUUUUUUUUUUAAUACUGGGCCUUUAAAAAACUAAAUCCAUCCUACUCUUACACUACAUUUCUCAAUGUGGAAAUCACGUCUUACUAGCUGAACCUUACUGCAGAAAUUUGUGUUGUAAUAAAUUUUUAUGAUGUGGCAGUGGUCUGUUCCUAAGGAACCAGGAAUUAGUACAGUUAAUGUUUAUUUAAGUCAGCUUGAUACUGUACUGCAGUUAGGUUUGAAUAAAUAUUUUCAUUAACUUCAAAAGUUUGAAUUCCUUCAUAUUGGCAAUCAUUCUCUUUUAGAUACUUUGAAGAAAUUCCUUUGCAAGUCAAUUCUUGUUUUCGGAAGUUUACAUAAUGCUGAAAAUUAUAGAUUUUCUUCUCAUUCAGUUAAUUUGUAUGUGCUAAGAAUUCAUAUACAAAUAAAAUAAGCUCACUUUCUUCAGGAUUCUUAGUUCACUAGCCAGGAGCCACUAGAUAUAGUCCAAAGACAACUUGUAUUUGGAGCUUUCAUUUAUGUUCAAGAACAAAAGCAUAGUCCUGAUUUUAUCCUAAAAGUCCCAAUGUGCUAGACUUAAUUAUUGUACCUGGUAAUCUAUUUUAACAGUCAGAUGCCCAGUUGACUACAUUUCAGGGUUAAAGUAUACCACAGACAACCUGUGGCUACUUUUGUAACUACAUGUAAGGAUCCAUGCACUGUUUAUUUUUGGACAUUACUUAGUGCAGCGGUCCCCAACCGUUUUGGCACCAGGGACCAGUUUCACGGAAGACAAUUUUUCCACAGAAGGGGCAAGGAUGGUUCAGGAUUCAGGUGGUUAAUGCGAGUGAUGGGGAGCGGCCCAUGAAGCUUGGCUCACUUGCCCGCCGCUCACCUCCUGCUGGGCGGCCCGGUUCCUAACAGGCCAUGGAUUGGUACUAGUCCUCAGCCCGGGGGUUGGGGACCCCUGACUUAGUGUACUCAGUUGUAUGCCAAAUUUGAGAAGUCUUGUAAUUUAAAUAUUUGAUUAGUUUAGCCCUGGAUAUUGUUGGAACCCUUUAGUAAGUAUGUUGAAAUUUUACAUGAGUAAAGCAUCCAUCAGCAUUCAGCCAAAGGCUAGAUGUCAUGACUAUUAGGAAUGCCAAGAUUAAGCUUUGAUGAGUAAUUCAUCAUUUUUCAAGCCACCAUCUUUCAGCCUCAGGCUUAACUUACUGAAAUUAUAUAUCAAAUUUUGACCCUGGUA